CGCACUCCCUGCGGUCACUUUUUUCCCUCUGUACGGAAAGGCCCACACCCCGCGCGCUCCGCAUCGCCCCUCUCUCUCAAACGAGGACUUCUAUCAGGACCAGUAUGAACAGAUGAUAAUUUGGAUGGGAGGAGGUGAAGCAAAUCAAGUGGUGCAGAAGAGUUUGCUCAAUGUGAUUGGAAAGGAUCCUCUUAAGCAUAAGGAGCUGAAGCAAAUGUUUGUACAUUUCGCAAGCCUCUUAGUGUAUAGUUUUGGCGUAAGACUUGAGUUUCUAUGGAAAGGCAGCAUUUUUAUGAUGAUGAUGGUAAUGAACCUUAUUAUUCUUGAAGAGGAUACGUUAGAUGUGUUUAAGUCAUUUCUUAACAAUUCUAAAGAAAUCAUGUGCUCUCCAAUUCCCCUAAUUGAACCUCUAAAGAGUUGGUCCUGGAGAAGAUCAAGCGAGGUAAUAGCAUCAAACCUGCAAAACAUACAAAGGGUUUAUUUAAGAGAUGAAGUUAAUUAUCUCCCUAACUUGGAUCGGAGAAUAGUUCUUCAUGACAGUAGUGAAGUCGAAACUCAGGCCAUGGAAUCAAAUAUCUCCUCAAGUAUUAUUCCUACGCGGUCUUCCUACACAAGCUAUGUCGAUACAUGUAACGGCCAGGUUCUUAUGGAGUGUUUUCCAGAAUUUCGCCAGAAUCCCUCCGAAUGGGACGAUGUAGUGGACUUCAUUGAGUGCAAGCUUGGAAAGGAUUAUUCGAGCUGGUUGAAGAAGAAGAACAGAUUCAGGAUGUGGAAGUAUGAGAGGAGAUGCAAAAAGAAAAUUGCCACGAAAAAAGUUAAAGCACGGGCUUUGAAACUUAGACCUCAGAAAAAUUUUGUCAGAUGACUUAACCUGAUGAAUAUCGAGUAGGAAGAAACCGAAAGUGUUGAAGCCCUUAUGUUCAGAUGCUUUUGUUUUGGUUUCCUGUUUUCUCUUGCCUUUUUGUUGUUUCCUCUUCCUUUUCGGUUAUGAAUUGAGCAUAUAACAGGGUGAAAAUCUGAAUUAUUGACUAUAAUUCUUUAUACUGAGUAGUAUCAUGUAGAGGUGGAAGGAAAGAGGAAAUCCUUAGUUCUAACUUCUAACAUGCGGUUUCUUCAUGCGAAACUGAAUGAUGCUGAAGAGAUGGACUCAGAAUGUUGUUGAGAGAGUUUCUUAUUUUGGUGAAUUGGCUAUGGUUUCUUCAUUUUUGUAAUUAUAUCAAUUAAGCUUGGUUAAUACGUGGGUCUCUCUUACAAA